AUGGUUUUAAUUCACUAUAAGAAAACAGAGUUGAAUCAAUUCUUGUACGAAUGUGCUGCUAAUACUCCAACUGAUUAAGUCAUAAAGGACCUAGUAGAGAGUAAUAAAACAUGAAUAUCACUUAGUAAAUAACAUGAGAAUUAUUCUUGAUCGUUUGGCAUGCGCCAUGGAGGAUUUAGCCACCCAUGGUAAUAUGCAAUUAGUAUUCAUUAAAUAGGACCCUUGAAACCUGAGGACACGAGAGGACUAUCAGAAUAAUCCCUAAUUGAUGCAGCAAUCGAAACUAUGGCACCUGAGAAAAAGCCUUGGGCAGUUACUCCUUAAUAGUUAUUGCCUGGUCAAAGAUUGAAUCCUGAUAAGACAGCUUAUCGUACUGGAGUGAUUCAGACAGAAGAAUUGUCUAAGAUGGUCAUUGAGAAUUGUGCCAAAGUCAAACAAGCAAUUUCAAAAAACUUAGUUGAUUUAAAAUAAUGUCUGACUACAAAGAUCGUCUAAGAACAACUAGAUUUGUUGAGAGGCUGUAUGAUGAUCUGUUAUCCUGGAUAUCAUGGAUUACCACCUUGGGAACCAGCCAGAGAAAUCUUGGAGGGUCAGUUUGACACUUAAGCCACAUUUACAGAAUAGUAUGAUUUUUUGGAGGAGAAAAGCACAUCCUUAUGGUGGGCUGGCAAGGAGUUAUUGAGAGGCAAAUUGUUGUCUGAUUUCAUUGGGAAGAAUGACAAGACCAAAAUUGUAAUUGCCAAUCAUUUAUAUUUAAUUAGAUUGUGAGAUUAUAAAGGACAGGGGCAGGGGCUCCAGUUAGGGAACCUGCAGUGGAUGCUGAAACCUAAAAGAAAAUGAUGGCAUUCUAUUAUAAGAAAUAGCAAGAACAGAAGGUAUUUCUGGUUUGAUAAGUGUUUAGGAAUUAGAAGCUGAGAAUGAGGAUCAAUAUCUAAACUCUUAAUGGGCCAAUCCUAAAUAAUUGAAAUAGUAGUUGAUGGGAGCUAGCGAUUAAAUUUCAUGGAAACCUAAGUGAUCUUCACGUUGUGUAAU